GUGGGGGUGCUGAAGAGUAGUAACUUUGAGCCUUUUGCGUCCAAAAACAAUUACACGUAAUAAAAGAACAGACAACAGAUCUUCGUCUGUUUCUCUUUAUUCCUUUUUCUUGUCUGAUUCAAAACCCAAACAAGAAAAGAAAACACACAUUAAGUUUUGGAGUAAAUAAGAAAAAAAGCACUUCAACCAAUCCCUUCUCCAUCAGAAUUUUACUCGGAAGAUCUUUGACUUGUCUCACACAACCUAAAAACAUCAUCCUGUCUGAAAAAAAAACUAGGGUUUGAAUCUCUGCAGCGGUUCUUGUCUGUUCAAAUUUUCAGAUUUGAACAUCUGGGUCUCCAAUUUCACUCCUCCUCGAUCAUAAAUUUGAUUCCAAAGAGAUCUUUUUUUUAAGAAACCAUGUUGAGCAAAUGAAGGUUAGUUUGAUGAGAGAUGGGUUGUGUAUUGGGUCGACCCGGAUCUCCAGGAUCAGUAGUUAGCUCAAGGAUCGAGUCUAAUCGAAAGGAAGUUAACAAUGUGUCCGUGACUAAAACCGUAACCACCACACAGAGCACUAGUGUUGCUGCUGCCUCUGCUUCUACUAGUGAGGAGGUUGUGAACCAUCAUCACAAGGAAGAAGAGAAUGGUCAUGCUGUUGUGACAGAAGCCAAAGAGAGGAAACAUAAAGGCGAGAGAAGAAGGUCUAGUAAGCCUGACCCGAGACGGAGCAACCCACCAAAGAACUUGCUCGGUGAGCAAGUUGCUGCCGGCUGGCCACCGUGGCUGUCUGAAGUCUGUGGGGAAGCUCUAAACGGAUGGCUUCCAAGAAAAGCUGAUUCCUUUGAGAAGAUUGAGAAGAUUGGUUCAGGAACGUAUAGUAAUGUGUACAAGGCGAGAGAUUCGUUGACAGGAAGUAUCGUAGCGUUAAAGAAAGUGCGUUGUGAAGUUUUGGAACGCGAGAGCUUGAGAUUCAUGGCUAGAGAGAUCCUGAUUCUGAGGAGAUUAGAUCAUCCCAAUGUUAUCAAACUAGAAGGCUUGGUUACUUCGAGGAUGUCGAAUAGUUUAUACUUGGUGUUUCGUUAUAUGCAUCACGACCUUGCUGGUCUAGUUGCAAGCCCGGACAUAACAUUUACCGAGCAACAGGUUAAAUGCUAUAUGAAGCAACUCCUCUCAGGGCUCGAACACUGUCACAACAGAGGAGUUCUCCACCGUGACAUCAAAGGAUCAAACCUUCUCAUAGACGACGGAGGAGUUCUCAGAAUAGGCGACUUCGGUCUCGCGACAUUCUACGACGCUAGCAAAAGGCAGAGGAUGACGAACAGGGUUGUUACUCUAUGGUACAGAGCGCCUGAGCUUCUCCACGGUGUCGAAGAGUAUAACGUAGGCAUUGAUCUGUGGAGCGCAGGGUGCAUUUUGGCCGAGCUGUUAUCGGGUAGACCGAUCAUGCCGGGUCGUAACGAGGUGGAGCAGUUGCACAGGAUAUAUAAGCUGUGCGGAUCGCCUUCGGAAGAGUACUGGAGGAAGAUUAGGCUUCCUUCUCAUCAGAAGCAUGCUCAUCACAGGCCUUUGCCUCAGUUCAAGAGAAAAGUAAGAGAGGUUUUCAAGGACUUCUCUCCUCAGGCGCUUUCUUUGCUCGAUACGCUCUUAGCUAUUGAUCCUUCUGAGCGUCAGACAGCUUCCGAUGCGUUGAUGAGUGAUUUCUUCAUGACGGAGCCAUUUCCAUGUGAACCGUCUGAUCUACCCAAGUAUCCUCCAAGUAAAGAGAUUGAUGCCAGGAAACGAGAUGAAGAGUUUAGGAGACAAAGGGAAGCACGUAAGGUUCAAGGAGAGAGCAGAAGAAGAAUCAGACUACCUAGAGAACGAGCUCAUCCAAGAGCAAUGCCUGCUCCUGAAGCCAAUGCCGAGAACCAAUCCAACAUUGAUAGGAUGCGUUUGAUAACGCAUGCGAAUGCUAAGAGCAAGAGCGACAAGUUUCCUCCACCGCAUCAAGACGGGUCGCUUGGUUUUCAGGUGGGAUCUUCACGGAGACUGGAUCCAUCGGAGAUACCGUUUAGCUCAAACUCGUUCACUGCUGCUUCUUACUCCAAAGAGCCGCUUCAGACUUGGUCAGGCCCUUUGGCUCCUAUUGGAGCGUCUGACUCAGCUGCACAGAGGAGAAAGGAUGUUAACAAGGAGAGGAGAAUGGCUGCUAAGCUUAAAGGGAAAAGAAUUGUUACUUAAUGAGAUUGUUGUUAUUAUUAUUAUUCCUAUUUUGAUAGAGAUACUUUUUUUGGUGGGUUAUAUGUUUUUCUUAUUUGUUUGAUUUGUACAAGAGCAUUGACAAUAACAUUCAAAUGAGGCUACCUUACAUUAUAUGUAAAGUUUUUUUAGUGUUUG